CGCCCACCUGUCCACUUUUCCUGUGUGGACGUUCACAAGCGGCUGACAGGAAACACCAGUAAAAGCUGCUGUUAAACCAGGAAAAAUUCCGCCUUAGAGAAAAAGAAUUUUAUUAAAGCUAGUUCCCGACGAUGUCUGCUCAAGCUCGUCAAGAAACUGCUGAACACUCCGGACUGCUGAAGCUUCUCUCCGCUGUGUUUUACGCCGGCAGCUCGUUUCUGAUUACAGUGGUGAAUAAAACGGUGCUGACAAGCUUCAGGUUUCCUUCCUACAUGUGUCUGGGAAUUGGCCAGAUGAUCACCACUCUUGUAGUCCUUUAUGCUGCUAAAAGAAGCAAAACAGUCCAGUUUCAAGAUUUUGACAGAAGUAUUCUCUUAAAGAUUUUCCCUCUUCCUUUGCUGUAUGUUGGGAACCAUAUAACGGGACUUGCCAGCACCAAAAAACUCAGUUUACCCAUGUUUACAGUAUUACGGAAAUUCACCAUAUUGAUGACAAUGAUCUUGGAAGUAUACAUACUAAGAAAAACAUUUCCAAAACGCCUUGUGUAUAGUGUUGUAGCCAUAGUUCUUGGUGCCAUGGUUGCUGCAAGUUCUGACUUGGCCUUCGACGUGGAGGGCUACACUUUCAUCCUGCUCAAUGAUGCCUUUACUGCUGCCAGUAGUGUGUACACUAAGAAGAAACUUGGUACUGAGGGCCUUGGGAAAUACGGUGUCUUAUUUUAUAACGCGCUGAUCAUUGUAAUCCCCACUCUGGUGGCAAGUGCAUUAACUGGAGAUUUACAUGAGGCAGUCACAUUUGAGGACUGGGUUAAAGCCACAUUUAUUAUCUGUUUCCUCAUGUCCUGCUUCAUGGGGUUUGUGUUGAUGUAUUCCAUAGUCCUGUGCAGCUAUUAUAACUCUGCACUUACUACCACAGUAGUUGGGGCAAUAAAGAAUGUUGCAGUAGCCUACAUUGGCAUAUUUGUGGGUGGCGACUACCUGUUCUCUUGGACUAACUUCCUAGGUCUCGGCAUCUGUAUGUCAGGUGGAUUAGUGUAUUCAUAUCACACCUUUAACAACAAAUCAUCUGGUAAUAGCACAGAAGGAGCACAGGAGCUGAAGAUUCACAUUACAGAGGAUUCAACAGGGAGAUACUCUACCAGCUAAAUGGACGAUAUUUUAGUCUUCACCACACAGUGGCAUUGUUCUGCUUCAUAUUGGAGCGUAAUGUUGCUUUGACACUUUUAUAUUUAUUUAAGCUCAGUGAAUUGAUUUUAAUGGAUACAUGACUGGUGCUAUCUGUUGAAUUCCACUACUAAAUCAUGACUGAAUAAAUUUACAAGAGCCUAUAACUUUGAGUCGAAUUCGGUGAAUGUUUAUUGAAGACCAACAAUUAUAUAACAGUGUGGACAGUCUGUCAGAGAAAUCUUACCUUGUGUAUAAUAAAAUAUAUAUCUACCAAGCAAGCAGGAUCACUCUAUACUUGUCACAAACAUGAAAACUGUUGGAGGAUGUUAGCGGAGGGGAAAACUGAAACUAAAAUUCAACUUCAAAAGCUCUCUGUAAAUUGUGCACACUCAGUAUUCUAACAAACACAAGGUGUAUAUAUUAAAUGCCAUAAUCUUCUCAAACCACAAAAUAGACUAAGUGUUAGAAAAUGCUUCAAAAUAUACUAUAACUGGACACAAUAAAUCAUUUGGCGUUUUGAUUAUCAACAAUUAACAAUUUGCCUUCCAGUUUCACAACUCCACCAGGGUAAUUUGUAAAUCGAACAGAUUCAAACAUCACAGCUAGAGUGACAGAGUGACAGGUUGUUGGUGCAGGUUUUCACUAAACAACCAGAAGCAGGGCAGUUAUGAGAGGCGUCAUACAGUGUUGAAGGAUGUAGUGUUGCGGGGAAAAAAAAAAAACAACAACAACAAAAAAAAAAAAAAACAGCACUACACAUCUCAGGUUAUGAAAAACAGGUGCCAUUUUCCUGGACAC